AUGGUCCCCUCGCUUUUGCUGUCUGUUGUGAUCUUGCUUUGGUCCUGCCUCGUCCAUGCGCAGUAUGCGAUGGUCAGGGAGUAUGUUGGCUCUACAUUUUUUAAUGGCUGGAAUUUCUACAACAACUACGACAAUUUGACCAGCGGGAACGCAGAAUUCGUCAGCGCGAGUACAGCGUCUAAGGACAACCUCGCAUAUGUGAACAGCGCCGGGAAUGCUGUUAUGAGAGUAGACAACACUACUACCAUUAGCUCAUUCGGACAAGAUCGUAAUAGCAUUCGUAUAUCGACACAAGACGAGUUCACCGUCGGCAGCUUGUGGAUCACCGAUAUGGUGCACGUUCCUUAUGGGUGCUCUGUGUGGCCCGCGUUCUGGUCUUCAGCUAGGGCAUGGCCGUCCGGAGGAGAGAUCGAUGUCUUCGAAGGUGUCAACCAGGUUACCAUGAAUCAGAUGGCCCUCCAUACCGCUACUGGUUGCUCGCACUCCUCGUCGGCUGUGCAGUCUAGCACGUUGGUUAACUCGACGGAUUGCUCAACUGCUGUCAACGGCAACCAAGGCUGUGUGGUGACGAACCCGACUCCUAGUUCGUACGGUGCAGAUUUUGCACAGAACGGUGGCGGCAUGUUUGUGACCGAAUUCGCGACAGACGGAAUCUCUAUAUGGUUCUUCAAUCGGUCAUCCAUUCCCCAGGUACUACAAGGCAAUGUCAGCACCGUGAACACAUCUUCGUUGGGAAUUCCCGUGGCGAACUGGCCGUCAAGUUCAUGCGACAUCGAGACCUUCUUCAAUCCGCAACAGUUGGUCUUCGACAUCACGCUCUGUGGAGAUUACGCGGGGAACACCGAAGUUUUCGCUGAAACCUGCGACGGCAUCUGCUACGACAACUACGUCAUGGGCACUGGUUCGAACUACGCAACGGCGUAUUUCGAGGUGCAGUACGUUAGGGUCUAUGGCCUGCCGGAUAAAAAUACGGUCAUCUUGUCGUCAGGUACUCGGCGCUCCACGUCGCUGCGUUCGCUCGCCGUCUUCGCGUCAGUCGUUGGCGCCUUGCUGUCGGUUAUUUUUGCUCUCUGA